UUAUCACAAUGGAUGGCAGUAAGAUGAUCUCUGUGGAUUCUUCUCAUCAUGCUGAAACACAGAUACUGUACAUGAUGAUGUUUUUUAUUUAUCUGUGACACAGCUGGAUGUGCAGUGCAUGUGGACGCGUGAGUCGCGGGGAAGGAUGGGUGCUCGGGUGUGAGCCGCAGCGAGACGGCUUUAAUUCACAGCAGAAACCCCUCGACGCGUUCUGCUGCGUCGCCGCUGAGAUCCGCCAGCAUGCCUGCAGAUGUUCAGGAGCCGGACUCGGAGGAACCACCAGCCGAAAAGGAGCAGACAGAGGAAGCUCUUCCGGCGGACACACCGUCCACAGACGUGUCCACAAUCACCUCCAACCCUGGAAGCUCAGAGAAUACUGACGCUCAUACUGAGAGUUCAGGCAUCGAGAUGGAGAAAUCGUUAAGUCCUGAUACAGAAUCGAACCCGCUCAGCACCAGCAGCUCUAAUGAACAGGUCGUGUCACCUGGACUGAAGGAAAGUUCAUCAUCAGGAUUGGAUGGCUUUCAAACAUUGUGCCCAGACCAAGCGACGGCACCCAAUGCAUCGAACGAGAAGGACCCGGCUCACCCUGAGCCCAGCUUGACCUCUGACCCAGCUAACGAAAAUGCCAAGGAUCAUUCAGCUGUGUUCAACACUCUCAAUAAUCACAGCAGCACUUUACUGCAUGGAUUCCCGUUCCAUCCGACUUAUUCAAACCUGCCCGCCCGGAACUACGUUCCAGAGAACUGCUUCACGCUGCCGCUACAACGUGACAGCUUCGCCCGAGGUGGGCACACUAUGCCAGCCUGUAACGGCGCAUCUAAAGGUGAGCAGGACUCUGGCGUAGCCGCUGUCAGCCAUCCGAUCUUAGGCGGGACUCUCCAUUUGAGACCGCCUCUGGAUCUCACCGCGGAUGAUCACCUCGGGCCACUGCCACACCUGUAUUUCCAGGAUCUGUACAGGAUGCAAACGCUCAUUCCACAGAAACGUGCCAGCACUGUGAGUCUGGACACGAUUCGUAAAGACCCACGUUGGAGAGACCCGAACCUGCGCGAGGUCAUCGCCAUGUUGAGUCACCCGAUGGACCCGGUCAAGUCCAACGCCGCGGCAUACCUGCAGCACCUGUGCUACGAGAAUGAUAAUGUCAAGCAAGAGGUCAGGCAGCUCAGAGGAAUCCCCAUCCUGGUGAUGCUCCUCGACCACCCCAAACCAGAAGUACAUCGCAAGGCUUGCGGCGCGCUGAGGAACAUCUCGUUCGGCAGAGACAAUUUCAACAAGGUGGCCAUUAAGAAUUCCAACGGCAUUCCAGCUCUGCUGAGACUCCUGCGGAAGACGAGCGACGUGGAGGUUAGAGAGCUCGUCACAGGAACCCUGUGGAAUCUCUCCUCGCAUGAGCCUCUGAAGAUGAUGGUCAUAAACCACGGACUGCAGACACUCACAGAGGAGAUCAUCAUUCCACACUCGGGUUUGAGGGGCGACCCCAAUGACCCCGCAAGACCUGGAGAUCCAGAGUGGAACACGGUCUUCAAGAAUACGUCCGGAUGUUUGAGGAACGUGAGUUCAGACGGUGCUGAUGCACGUCAGAGACUGCGUGAGUGUGAGGGACUCGUGGACGCUCUGCUACAUGCGCUUUAUUCUGCUGUUGCCAAGAGAGACAUAAAUAACAAAUCGGUGGAGAACUGCGUUUGUAUUCUGCGGAACCUCUCCUACCACGUACACAAGGAGGUGCCUGGAGCCGAAAAAUGUCAUAUGCAAGAAGCCAAUCACACUGUGAAAUCAGGCGGCCCCUACAAGAAGAAAGAGGAGUCAGACUGCUUCAGUGGACGCACAACCAAAGAAGAAUGGUUUCAUCAGUGCAAACAACAUGCAGUGAGUGAGAAGAAGACCAGCGGUGCCGAUCUGCCCAAGAGGAGUUCACCCAUGAAAGGCCUGGAGCUUCUGUACCAGCCGGAGGUGGUGCGACUUUACCUGUCACUCCUCAAACUGAGCCAGAACCACAACACGCUGGAGGCCGCGGCCGGAGCGCUUCAGAACCUUUCUGCUGGACACUGGGCCUGGUCCAAUUAUAUCCGAGCGACUGUGCGUAAGGAGAAAGGUCUGCCGGUGCUCGUCGAGUUGCUUCAUUCUGAUGAGGAUAAAGUGGUGCGAGCGAUCGCCAUCGCACUGAGAAAUCUCGCCAUCGACCACAAAAACAAAGAUCUCAUUGGGAGUUACGCCAUGAGGGAUCUGGUCAGUAAUCUGCCCUGCGGUCAGCAGCGACCCGCCAAAAACCUGGAGGGAGACACGAUGGUGGCCGUUCUGAAUACUGUACUGGAGAUCAUCUCUGAAAACCUGGAGAACGCAAGAUUCCUCAUUCAGGGACAGGGAAUCCAGAAGCUCAUUUCAAUCAACAGAACCAGCCAAUCGGUGCGCGAGACCAAAGCCACGUCACAGAUUCUGCGGACCGUUUGGGCGUAUAAAGACCUGCGACACGCUCUCUGUAAAGCAGGCUGGAAUAAAACUCACUUUAAGCCGGCCAUAUCCGGGUUGCCAAAAAAACCAGCAAAGAAUGCAAAACAAGGCAACGAUGACAUCACACUACCUUUAAUGGAGAAAAACCAAGACGGUUACUGCACCAUUGAUCAGAGAGAGAGAGUUGAAAACGCUCCAUGCCACAUGAUCGAACGCGAAACAUUUCAGGGUGUAAAUGAUAAGAGGCAUUUCAUCAGAACCAGCAGACCAGCGGUGGGUUUAGUGGAGCGAACACCACAGCCGCUGGACUCAUGGGUCUGAAAUGCCCUACGGUUGGAGAGCCACUUGCAGAACCGGAUUUAGACAGAUUAUCCACAUUCAGCACAAUUCAUCACAGUAUCAAAUAAGAGAAAUUCAAUAUACAGUAUCAGAGCUGUUCAUUUACACACAAAUAAAUCAAUGGAAUAUUAGAUUUCAGAGCACUUGAUCAAUAUUGGUGUCCAGUUUGUUCUGAAAGUAAAAUAUUAUUCUUUGCUGCUUUGGCAGUCUUCACUGUUAAAUUCAAGAAAUUAUAAGAAAUCAUUUAUACUGUUGAUUGUAUGAUCUAAGUCUUUAUACACCAUAUUAUGAUCUUCAUGUUUUGUUUCUGUUUUGUUUACUUGUUUGUUUGUUUGUUUUGAUAAGUUACUAAAUUGUAUAAAAGUGUUCCACUACAAUCAUUCACAGAUAACUUCAGUUCUAUAUCUAGAUUUGUGCACAAAAGAGAUAAAGUCAUCACAUAUUAUGAUGAAUAUUACCAAGUUAUUAUGAGGCUCAUAGUCUACAUAAAAAAUAGAAAUAGUACCUAUAUGAAUAUAUCAGAAAAACUAUCAGAGAUUUCUCUAUUCAUACUAAAUUUCUUUCAUAACAUCAGUGAUUAAAUUGCUUGGAAAAAUAAAUUCAAUGAGUUUUAUCUAUUCUUUAUAAAUCUUUAUCAUGACUCUAACAGAAAAUAAAAUGAAAUAAAAUAAACUUAU